AUGUCUCCCAUGAGUGCCGCCGAGUUUUUCGAGCCUGCCAUGGACAGGCCACCCUCCCCAAGCAGACUUCGGCAGCUGAACUCGCAGAUGAGGCGAGCCUCGCAGCUGCGCCGCCAGAACGGCCACCGCACCGCCGCGUCGGCUUCAGUAGCUUCCAACCUCGAGAAUCCCGGGUGGGAGCAAACUCUGGAGAACCUGUCACUUGGCAGGCGAGCUUCUGUAAAGUCCACCGGCAGCAGUGCCCAUUCGAGAGAGCGCUCAGAUAGCAUCUACGGCUUUGGCAAGAACCCCUUCCAUCGGCGAGUGAGAUCCAAACGCGAGAGCAGCGCCAACUCCUCGUCAGCUAGCUCCAUGUAUUCAGCUGAAGCACCACCGGACAAUGCCAUUGCUCCGCCCCCCAAAGAAUCAUUCAUACAGGCCUUUGCUCGACGACGAGCUUCCCGAGACGACACCGCAGCAGCACAGAAGAAGCUACAGAUCUCGGGUCCCUACAACUUCCAGCAUGUCAUGCACACCAAUCGCGACGAAAAUUCGGCGAAUGAAGCCCCCGAGCAGUUGACAAUGCGGGCAACUGGCCCAACAAGCGCCCCCAACGUCAACGAGGGAUCUGGUCUUCUCUUCCACCCCGACGCCUACAACGACUCUGGCGCGUUCUUCUCCCGACCUGCUGCGGGCUCACGCCAGUCAGCAUCAGUUGGACCUCGUCGGUUGAUGAGGCGGAUCCGAUCGCAGGACCAGCUCCGAGGAAGCACUCCUUCCAUGUCACCACCACCCAGACCACCCAGAUCCCCUAUCCAUCCCACCGCACCGCAACCAGGCUCUCCUGGUUCACCCGCUCGCAGACCGAGCCUCCAAGUGGCAUACGAAGAUGUUGAGGAGGAGCUCCCGGUCGUCAAUAUCGAGCGACCAAAGACCAGCGGCGGUUUCCGGCACCCGCAGCCGUACAACCCCAACGACCCAGUCGAGCCACUCCCGCCUAUGCCGAUCAUGACUAGCCGAGAAGACUUCCAUGUUUAUAACACGAUGCUCUCGCCAAUCCAGCCUUCGCCUACGGAGCCCGCUUGGCCACUCGCCAGCCCUACGUUGGCCACAUACGAGACCCCGCUUGCCGAUGUCCCGGAGGAAGAUGAGCACAGCGCCGCCCACCGACGGUCUAUCCGGGGCAGCCAAUCUGUCCCUAUGCUUCGUAGAUCCCAUCGCCCGGCGAGCAACGCGUCAGAGACUCUCGGCAGUCUUCACACGAUGUCGGUGCAGCAGCAACAGGCAUCUAUGGACCUGACCGCUGAGAAGCACGGGUUCGACUUUGGCGUUAUCGAGGAGAGCUGGGAAGAUGACAUUGACUAUUGCUAUGAGCACGAAGCUGAAGCUGACUGCGACUACCAGUGGGAGCGUGAUUCCAUGGAUACUGCCCGUGAUAGCGAUACUCUCCCGGUGGAAGUGACUUUAGCUCCCGAGGACGUCGAGGUCCCCAUCGGGACCGCAAGGUCGUCCCCUGGCAUGCUUUCAGUAGCCACAUUUGACGUUCCAGGCUUGAGCCCCAUUAGCCAGGUAUCGACACCCACUAUCCAAGAGGCCAUCACGCCUGUUUCCGCCGCCCCUUCGGCCAACUUUUCUCUUCCCCUCCUUGACAAGAAGAAGCUAUUCCGCGUCUCGCACGCCUCGAGCUUCAAAGAGUCUCACGGCUUUACCUUGUCGCCUUCUCUGCUCAUUCCUGGCGAUUUCCAUCAGCAGAUGCUCCUUGAAGAGGGCGCCAGACACGAGUACCCCGACGAGGAUGAGCUAGCGCUGCCAUACGCCCAAGCUGCUUUGUAUGACGAAACUAGCAAGACUAUGCAAUGGUCGCAGCAGCGGGCAAGCACCUCCACAACGGGGACUGCCUCCACUCACUCUGAUUCGACUGCCGAUCGCCACAUCUCUACCAACUCUACUUGGUCAUUUUUCACCCGCCACACAGCUAGCAGCAGCGGGUCUGUCCACAAGAUGACUGGAUCCUGGACCGAGACGGCAGAGCCCCUGCCCGUUUCUCAGGUGGAUGUGCCACAACAAGUUGACGCGGAAGAAGAGGCGGGUAUUGCUAGCCCAGAAGACACAGUUCCCGAACUUGUCUCGUUCCCCCUGGGCCCAUCCAGGAAGGUUUCUCACAAGUCUCAUGCCAGCGAGUCGGUUAUCCACGAAGAGCCUUCAUUCAAGCAAUUCGAGGCUGGCCAGAGACGUGGCUCACGAGCUAGGACUGCUAGUUUGAGCAGCCAAGCACCUCCUGUGGGACAGUAUGCCCUAUUUCCCCGAUCAUACAUCAAGCCAACUGGCGAUCGCAUCUAA